CGCACUUUUCUAACGAACCUCAUUCUCCACACGCUGCUUCUCCGUUUCGUGCAAAUGAGAAAGCUUUCUGUUUUUCUUUCUCUUGGAUUGUCUCACAGAUCCUCCAAAUUCCGCAGCAGCAGCAGCAGCAGCAGUAAUAAUAAUGCUCUUCGCUUUUACUGCAAUUCCCCUUCUCCCUCCAACAAUCCUGGCUUUUUUGAAAAACAUUAUGACGGUGGUGUCUAGGCCAGUUUGCGGCGCAACUCGACUACUCCACUAGGUACCUACUAGGCCAACCAGCACAGCUACCAGCUUAUCAUUGAACGUUGGAGAUGCUAAUGCUUGAGAGUAUGGAGUUCCAUUCACAAGUCACUAGCAGAAAGCUCAGUUCUCUAUGUGAACAAGGCAGUUUUCAUGGACUACUUGCACAUUAUAGGAGUCUUGUUGAUCAGGGGAAACUGCAGCAUGAUCCUUACCAGGAAAAAGUUGCUUCUGAACUAGAAAAUCUUCUUGGAAGGUUGGUGCAAUAUGAAAAGGACAUGGAGGAAUAUCAUGCAAAACUUGCACAGUGGGAGGAUAAUAGGGAAAAUCAGAGGCGUAAGCUUCUUACGGAGGAAGCUGAGGCCAAACAACAAGGUGCAUUUACACCAAUAAACAAAUCUCGCAAUAUUUUCCAAAGGUGGAUGUCUCGGAAAGCUGAAGAUGUAGAAGAGGGAGUCGGGAAAUGGGUUUCAUAUCUUAAUCGCGAGAAGAAGUUAGACUCACUAGUCGGUCGCCGUCCUGCUGCUCCUCCAGCCCCAAAAGGACUAUACCUAUAUGGCAAUGUUGGGAGUGGGAAGACAAUGCUUAUGGAUAUGUUUUAUAAGGCCAGUGAUGGAAUUGUGAAACAUCGAAGAAGGUUUCACUUUCACGAGGCUAUGCUUGAAAUUAAUGAACAUAUGCAUAAAAUUUGGAAGACUCAGAUGGAACAAAAGUCUCUGCAGUCAAGUAUUUCUGGUUGGGUCAUGAAUCUUCCUUUUGAUUCAAAAGUUAAAGAAUGGAUAGCUGCUGAAGAAAGAUAUAAGCAAGAGGUGCAGAUGAAAAACAUUCUUUUGGACGUAGCUGACAAGUUUCUUGUUAACCAGGCAGGUCGUAGGAGAGGUGCUAGCAUCCUUUGCUUUGAUGAAAUACAGACAGUUGAUGUUUUUGCUAUUGUGGCAUUAUCUGGAAUUCUUAGUAGAUUGUUGAGUACUGGAACUGUUCUGGUGGCAACCAGUAAUCGUGCUCCAACGGAUUUAAACCAGGAUGGUAUGCAAAAGGAGAUCUUUCAGAAGCUACUAAAAAACCUUGAGAAGCAUUGUGAAACAGUUCUAAUAGGAAGUGAAGUUGAUUAUCGCCGCCUUAUUGCUCAGAGAUCUAUAGACCAGGUCCACUACAUUUGGCCUCUUAAUAGCAACACUAAACGAGAAUUUGAGGAUAUUUGGAAUAAGAUCAGUAAAGAGGCCAGAGGAAGCAUCACUUCACAGACUAUUCCUGUGAUGUUUGGAAGAAUAUUGGAAGUUCCUGAGAGCUGCAAUGGGGUGGCACGGUUCACCUUUGAAUAUCUCUGUGGUCGGCCGCUUGGAGCAGCAGAUUACAUUGCAGUGGCUAAAAACUAUCACACUGUUUUCAUUUCUGAUAUUCCUAGUAUGAGCAUGCGUAUCCGUGACAAGGCAAGAAGGUUUAUCACCCUCAUCGAUGAAUUGUACAAUCAUCAUUGCUGCCUAUAUUGCGCUGCUGACUCUUCAGUAGAGGAUCUAUUUCAAGGAACAGAAGAAGGAACACUUUUUGAUUUGGAAAGUUUCCAGUUUGAGACAGAGAUGGAAGGUACGAAGCUCCGGCGAGAUGUUUUAGCUGAAGGCAGUGUUAGUUCAGGAGGUGCUCCAUCUGGCAUUACUUCCAUGCUAUCUGGUCAAGAGGAGAAGUUUGCAUUUCGACGAGCUGUCUCCCGCUUGAUUGAGAUGCAGACGCCUUUAUACCUUGAAGCAGUUCAGCAUUUCCAUCCUUAUUUUGAUUCUUCGCACAGAGAGUUUGAAACAUUUAGUGCCAAUUAAGGACGAUGGUCUAUGUGAAGAGGUGUAUGUAUAAGAUAUUUGUUGACGAUUCUUUUCCACCCUUCCAAUUGUCUUGUUCCUAGUUCUCUUUUUGGGACAAGACAGGCUUUUCUAGGAGAAAAGAAGAGAAAAUAAAAAGGAAGCGAGGGGUGGCAUAAACAUAGGAUAGUCCUGUGAGGUUUCUCAUGAUUAAAGACGAUGUAUUAGACAAAAUGGCUCUAGUUAUCUUGUUUCAGAUUGCAAAGUUAAUUUCUUGGUUAGCUAGAUCAAUAAGAAAGGAAAUGUUUUGUCUUUUGGCAUUUAGCCAUCGAUUCCAGUUCCUCCUCCUCUGCAGUAUGAAGAGAAAGGAAUUAAAAAACUGGAAAAAUGAGAAGCCUUUUGAGCUUAGUGCUUUCAGUUUGCAGCAUUUUCAAAGUUUGAAAGGUAAUCUAACAAGGUGCUUAUUGUGGUCAGUUAAGUUUUGAGACAUUACA